UGUGGUCCCAAUAUGUUCCGUCCGAUUAGAAGCAACAGCAACCACAAACAGUAGGUGUCGCCGCUGAGAACAGACGAGGAAUACUAGGUUCAUGUUAGAGUGAAUCAAGAAAAAUCUCAACUUCAUAAACCAGUGAUGGAUUCAGUGAUGCUGAAUCUGCAUUCUGGUGUUAUCGUCCAGUUUCCUGCUUCAAUAGCUUCCAUCAAGCAGCAACAACUCAAGGUCAGAACCGCUGUUAGUUCUCCUAAAGAGAAUGUACAUUUUGCUUCAAUCAUUAGGCCAAGAAACGAGCAUACUGAGACGAGUCCUAAUGGAAGUAAAAGAAGCCAAUCUCCUCGAAAAGUUUCUGCUUCAGGAAGAGCAAAGGAUGAUGUAUCGAAGAUAUCCCCGUCCUCCGACAAAAAGGUUAGUUCUGUCAAGCAGGAAGAGAUAAUUUCUCUGUUCAGACGGAUACAAUCUUCAAUCUCAAAGGCAGAGUCGGUGAGUGAUGAGAAGAAAGAAACCGACCCGAACCAGAAUAAACCUGCGGCCCAGUCAGUCUUGGAGAUCAUUCGUCGAUCAAGGAAGCGAGCAAAAGACAACAAGCAAAAGCCAAGGAGAAAGCGCUUCCCUGAGAAAGAAGAGGAUGUAGAACACAUUACGUCACCAGCAACCGACAUCAAGUUAACAAGGCCACCAUCCAAUUUUGUCAAGAAGACUCCAAUCCCAUUUCCAUCGGCACUGAGGGGAAAGGAAGAACAGUGGAAUGAGGCAUCGCCAGCCACAGCCGGGAGCAAUGACUCCACUGUGCGGAAAAUAGAAGAGAUGAAAGAAGAGGAUGUAGAACACAUUACGUCACUAGCUACCGACAUCAAGUUAACAAGGCCACCAUCCAAUUUUGUCAAGAAGUCUCCGAUCCCAUUUCCAUCGGCACCGAGGGGAAAGGAAGAACAGUGGAAUGAGGCAUCGCCAGCCGCAGCCGGGAGCAAUGACUCCACUUCGCGGAAAAUAGAAGAGAUGAAACUUCAACAGCUCAAGGAGUUGGCUAAAUCUAGAGGUGUUAGGGGCUAUUCAAGGCUAAAGAAGAAAGAACUUGUAGAGCUACUGAGAUCCUGAAGCACCAAACACCUUUCUUCAGUAACAGAACAAAUCUCACUCUUAAAAUUAUUGAAGGAGAUGAUAAUGACCAUCCGGUAUUUGACUCUGGAAGUAAUUGAGCCUCCCCUUUGUUACUUCUUGUACACCCGAGAUUACAUGCAACCGUCUCGCACAAUUCCAUAAUGUGUAAAUUAAGGGACCUCACUAGGUAAAACUUGAACAAUUCCAAGCUGUAAGAGCGAAGCCUUCUGUUAUCCAUGAUGAAUUGAUGGCUAUUUUCAAUUUAGUCGAUUAUGGUUUUCAUUUAA